AUGAUGCUGACCCUUAUGGCCAUCCCCCGUGUGUCCUGGAUGCUGCUCUCUUGCCUGAUGCUUCUAUCUCAGGUCCAAGGUGAAGAAUCCCAGAAGGAACAGCCCUCUCCACGUAUCACCUGUCCCAAAGGCUCCCAGGAUGCCUCCCACUACUAUGCCUUGUUUAAGACUCCAAAAUCCUGGAUGGAUGCAGAUUUGGCCUGCCAGAAGCGGCCCUCAGGACAUCUUGUUUCUGUGCUCAAUGGGGCCGAAGCAUCCUUCGUGUCCUCUCUGGUCAAAAGUACUGUGAACAGCUACCAAUAUAUCUGGAUUGGGCUCCAUGACCCCACACUGGGUGAAGAACCUAAUGGAGGUGGAUGGGAGUGGAGUAACACUGAUGUGCUGAAUUACCUUAACUGGGAAAGAAAUCCUUUCACUGCUUCAGACCGUGGCUACUGUGGAAGCCUGUCACGAAACUCAGGAUUUUUGAAGUGGAGAGAUUACCACUGUGAUGUGCAAUUACCCUAUGUCUGCAAGUUCAAGAACUAG